AUGGCGGUCCUCGGCAAGCGAAAGGCGCUUGCGCCUAGCAAAGAGGAGGAGAUCGAUGCGGAAGAGAUUCUGCGCCGACAUUUCGAAGCCCGAUUCGCGCCGUUGGAGACUCCCACCGCGCCCGCGGUCGCAGAUACCGACGAGCGCACCACUAACGAGGUGGAUGAGAGCGACGAUGAUGCAGAGCAGGACGAAGAUGACAACGCCGAGGAUGAAUGGGGCGGUCUUUCCGAUGAUGCCAUUGGCGAUUCGGAUGAGGACGAGGAAGAUGAUUUCGAGGAAGCUGUGGAAGUUGUCGACCACUCGACAUCACAACCAUCAAAACCACAGACCAUGUCCAAGCACGAGCUUCGCGCAUUCAUGUCCUCAAAAGCACCGUCCUCCGAACCCAAGAAACAACAACCCCCACCCUUGACCAAAUCAAAGACGUUACCAGAAGACGCCCCCUCGCUUCUCGCCAAUGACCUCGAACUUCGACGCCUUCUCUCCGAGUCACACCUCCUCGCCGCCCCCAAAUCGUCCUCCUUUGCCGAACCAAAACCUUUUACUAGCGGCAAGGUGCGCAAAAAGGCGACCGACAUGCGCGUGCAGGCGCUGGGCUCCAAGUCCAGCAUCCUCACGCAAGACAAUGUGCCCAUGGCGAUCCGGAAGGGUAUGAACAGUGCGCGCGAGGAACGGGAGUCCAAGCGGAGGAGAGAGGCCAAGGAGAAUGGGAUCAUCUUGGAGCGACCCCAGAACGGCAAGCAAAAGGAGCGCAAGCGAGACUUUGGUGGUGGCGUGGACCGGCCUGGCGUUGGCAGGAUGAAGGGUGCGCAAUUGACAAUCUCGGAUAGGGAUAUUCAACGAGUCGAAGGCUCGCGGGAUGUCUUUGGUCGCAGCGGCAAGGCCGGGGGCAAACGUCGUUGA